CUGAUAAGCGCGCUAGUAGCAGCUCUGGCAGAAGCAACGGUGACUUCGAGGGAUGGCGGCGGCUGCAACAGGACCUGCAGCAUCCCAGAGGAACUGACUAAGGCUUUGGAACAGAAACCAGAUGAUGCACAAUAUUAUCGUCAAAGAGCUUAUUGUCACAUUCUUCUUGGGAAUUACUGUGGUGCAGAUGCUAAUUUCAGUGACUGGAUUAAAAGGUGUCGAAGCUCAGAAUGGCUCAGAAUCUGAGGUGUUUGUGGGGAAGUAUGAGACCCUCGUGUUUUACCGGCCCUCGCUGCUGUGCCUUGCCUUCCUGCUGGGCCGCUUCCUGCAUAUGUUUGUCAAGGCUCUGAGGGUGCACCUCGGCUGGGAGCUCCAGGUGGAAGAAAAAUCUGUCCCGGAAGCGCACCAGGGAGAGCACGUCAAGCAGCUCCUGAGGAUACCCCGCCCUCAAGAGAGAAAAAAGUCUUGGUUCCAAACCAGGAUAUAUGAGUGGGAUCCCUGCUUUCAAUUUCCAGGCAGAAUGAUUGGAACCAUUGUGUUGGCAUUCAUCUGCCUGUAUCUUGAGUCUGGGUGGCGACCAUUUUGCCCGCCUCUCUCACGUGUGUGAGCUAUCUGUUCCACAUUUUGGUCUGUUACAGAAAGCACAUGAAGAGGCUAUGGGCAGGAGAUAAACAUUUUCUUCCUUUGAAGUUCCAUAACCCGGCCUCGUCGGAGAGCAUGGUGGCCAUUGCAAGGUACUCUGGCUGGCAAAUAGCCUAUAUUCUGUGGGGCUACCUCAUCAUUCACAUGGUACAGAGCCUAUGUGGCAUGGCAAUCAUGUACAGCCUGGUGCUACCCAUCGUCCAAACCAGGGCCUGGAAAUGCUGCAAGGGCUGGGCAUCGGGAU